UGAAUGUGGUAGUAUGAUGCACUGAAACAUGUAGUUUAUUAGCUCUGUGUCAACUUCCAUCCGUGUUUUAAUGAUGAUUGCGGCUUUCAUUCCGGAAUCUGUUCCUUAUUUAAAUGCACCACAAACUAUCACCAGUUUCCUGCUCUUGGUUCCGUGGUGGUUUUAUCAGCAGAAAGACACAGAGAGCCGAGCAGGGAGGUUGUCCUGUUACAGAUCAGAAGACCAGUGAUCCUACAGCGGCAUCAGGACGAGGCCAGAGCGAAAAACACAAAGGCUGCAGCAGCAUCAUACAAUAAUCAAAGUUGGAAUGAAACUAUAUAUUUUUUCAGUAAACUCAUGAUGCGGCACGCAAAGCGGGGAUGCCAGCCAGGCGUGGCUUGCAUUUGAAAAGCCAUUAUGUAUAUAACCAGCCUGUCCGUCUGAUAAACACACUAAUCUAAGUGAUGAGUAGUAAAAGACACGUCAUUAAAUAAAGGAACCGAUUUACCGAAGUUGAGGAGGAGGUGAAAUACGCAUUACGCCGGGUUGCAUACCUUCGUGGCUUUUUGCGCACGAGAUUUGACUUCCUAUGUUGAACGAUAAACUUCCUUGAUUCAACGGACAUUUUAAUUGCAUUAACAGAUCCCUUCAGUUGUGCGCCAUGUCGGAGGUUGGGGGCUUUCUAGGGACACUCGACUUGGAUUUACAGAGUUUCCCCGCACUAGGAAGUAUGCCCUUGGCAGAGGCGCCAGCGGGGUUACUGGAUGAGAGGCUGGGACAGAUCGAGGGGAGGUUACAGCGAGGCUCGCUGACGGAAUUCGAGCACCUUAAAGGGAUUCUGCGGCGGAGGCAGCUGUACUGUCGAACCGGAUUCCAGCUCGAGAUAUUCCCCAACGGGACCGUGUACGGGACAAGACAGGACCACAGCAGAUUCGGUAUCCUAGAGUUCAUCAGUCUGGCUGUAGGGCUGGUCAGUAUUAGAGGAGUGGACGCAGGACUCUACCUGGGCAUGAACGAGAGAGGAGAGCUCUAUGGGUCGGUAAGUUAA